UCCCCCCCCUUCUCUCUCUCUCCGAGGGGGGGGGUCCCGGGGAGGGAGGGGGGGUCCCCCGAUCAGCAUGUGGCUCCUGGCGCUGUGUCUGGUGGGGCUGGCAGGGGCUCAACGGGGGGGAGGGGGUCCCGGCGGCGGCGGCUCCCCGGGCGGCCCGGGCCUGGGCCUCAGCAGCCUCGGGGAGGAGCGCUUCCCGGUGGUGAACACGGCCUACGGGCGAGUGCGCGGCGUGCGGCGCGAGCUCAACAACGAGAUCCUGGGCCCCGUCGUGCAGUUUUUGGGCGUGCCCUACGCCACGCCACCCCUGGGCGCCCGCCGCUUCCAGCCGCCCGAGGCCCCCGCCUCGUGGCCCGGCGUGCGCAACGCCACGACCCUGCCGCCCGCCUGCCCGCAGAACCUGCACGGGGCGCUGCCCGCCAUCAUGCUGCCCGUGUGGUUCACCGACAACUUGGAGGCGGCCGCCGCCUACGUGCAGAACCAGAGCGAGGACUGCCUGUAUCUCAACCUCUACGUGCCCACCGAGGACGGUCCGCUCACAAAAAAACGUGACGAGGCGACGCUCAAUCCGCCAGACACAGAUAUCCGGGACUCUGGGAAGAAGCCGGUGAUGCUCUUUCUGCACGGCGGCUCCUACAUGGAGGGCACCGGGAAUAUGUUCGAUGGCUCCGUGCUGGCCGCCUAUGGCAACGUCAUCGUGGCCACGCUCAACUACCGGCUGGGGGUGCUCGGCUUUCUCAGCACCGGGGAUCAGGCUGCAAAAGGCAACUAUGGACUCCUGGACCAGAUCCAGGCCCUGCGCUGGCUCAGUGAGAACAUUGCCCACUUUGGGGGUGACCCCGAGCGCAUCACCAUCUUUGGAUCGGGGGCCGGGGCCUCCUGCGUCAACCUUCUGAUCCUCUCUCACCAUUCGGAAGGGUUGUUCCAGAAGGCCAUCGCCCAGAGCGGCACGGCCAUCUCCAGCUGGUCGGUCAACUACCAGCCGCUCAAAUACACGCGGCUGCUGGCCGCCAAAGUGGGCUGCGACCGGGAGGACAGCGCCGAGGCCGUGGAGUGCCUGCGCCGGAAGCCCUCCCGGGAGCUGGUGGACCAGGACGUGCAGCCCGCCCGCUACCACAUCGCCUUCGGGCCCGUGGUGGACGGUGACGUCGUCCCCGAUGACCCUGAGAUCCUCAUGCAGCAGGGCGAAUUCCUCAACUAUGACAUGCUCAUUGGCGUCAACCAAGGAGAAGGCCUCAAGUUCGUGGAGGACUCCGCAGAGAGCGAGGACGGCGUGUCCGCCAGCGCUUUUGACUUCACCGUCUCCAACUUUGUGGACAACCUGUACGGCUACCCGGAGGGCAAGGACGUGCUUCGGGAGACCAUCAAGUUUAUGUACACCGACUGGGCCGACCGGGACAAUGGCGAAAUGCGGAGAAAGACUCUGCUGGCGCUCUUUACAGACCACCAGUGGGUGGCCCCGGCUGUGGCCACCGCCAAGCUGCACGCUGACUACCAGUCCCCUGUCUACUUUUAUACCUUCUACCACCACUGCCAGGCUGAGGGCCGGCCCGAGUGGGCAGACGCGGCGCACGGGGACGAGCUGCCCUACGUCUUUGGCGUGCCCAUGGUGGGCGCCACCGACCUCUUCCCCUGCAACUUCUCCAAGAAUGACGUCAUGCUCAGCGCUGUGGUCAUGACCUACUGGACCAACUUCGCCAAGACUGGCGACCCCAACCAGCCGGUGCCGCAGGACACCAAGUUCAUCCACACCAAGCCCAACCGCUUCGAGGAGGUGGUGUGGAGCAAGUUCAACAGCAAGGAGAAACAGUACCUGCACAUCGGCCUGAAGCCGCGCGUGCGCGACAACUACCGCGCCAACAAGGUGGCCUUCUGGCUGGAGCUCGUGCCGCACCUGCACAACCUGCACACGGAGCUCUUCCCCACCACCACGCGCCUGCCCCCCUACGCCACGCGCUGGCCGCCGCCCAUGCCCUCGAAAUGCUAG